AUGAGAAUAUUAUCGGAUAAAAAUAUCGAGGAAUAUUUAAAGAGUAUUGGAGAAGAAGAAUUGAAGGAGUUCCAAGAUGUGUUGAUCGAAUCGUUAAUUGAUUACGAGAAGGACGAAACGUUGAUACCCAAGAGGAUAGUGAUUGAGAGCGAAGAUAAGGAAAGCACGUAUUUGAUCAUGCCAUCUAAAUUGAAGGAUCGAGGAACAAGGGAAAAUAAGAAAAUAGGAGUUAAGGUGCUAACUGGAUCGAAAGAAGGAUUUAAUGGUGUUACAAUGAUAUUGGAUGGGAAUAAUGGGAAACCGAAGAGCAUUUUGAAUGCUAGGACGUUAACAGCGUUUCGAACAGCAUUGUGCACGAGCUUAUCGUUGGUCAAGGUGCUACCAGUUGAAUUGGUGAGAGAGUUGAAAGCAGAGGCAGAUGGUGAAUGUGAUGAGAUUACAGUGUUUGGGGUUGGGUUGCAAAGCUACUGGCAUUUGAAGAUUUCAUUGAUGAUCUAUUAUAAGACAGAUUAUUUCCAGAAGAUCAAUGUUGUGAGCCGAAACUACGAUAAUGUGAAGAGGUUCAUUGAGAAAAUCAAAAAGGAAGGCAAGUUGCUUGAAAAGCGCGAUGGAGGAGAGAUUCAAGUGGAAGGAAUCGCAAUGGAAGAAGGUGGCAAAAUCAAGAAGAGCGUCCAGAGAAGCUUGGUUGUUUUCGGCUGCACGCCGUCGACGGAGCCCAUUAUCCUCGGAGAGCACUUCCGGGACAGCACCGGGAGAGUCUCGAGGUUUGUCGGCGUGAUUGGAUCGUACAAGCCGCACAUGACUGAGGUUGACAGCGAAAUCAUGGGGGAGUACACCAUGGAAGGCGUGCGCAACAAAGUUGUCGUGGACAGCAAGGCACACUGUUUGGCAGAGGCAGGCGAGUUGAUCCAGAACGGUGUUCCAGCGCACGCAUUGCUAUCCAUCGCAGAGUUGUACGCCGGCACACUCGAGCACGUGAGCGGACGCGUGUUGAUGGAGCGCUUUGGCAAUCCACACGUGAUCGUGGCCAAGUUGGUUGGGUUGAGUAUUAUGGACGUG